AAGAUUCGAAGUUACUUAUGAGAAUGGAUAAGGAAUCGAAGUCAUUAACGAGGAUGCGCUGCACGUGUUGCCAUCGAGCGUUGGAAAUACUCCGCGUCAGAAGCCCAACUGCUCCUCUCUCUCUCGCUCUCUCGCUCUCUCUCUCUCUCCCAUUUUCCUGGCGUCCUCUUCCCUCUCCCGCCUCCUCGGUGAUGGAGAAGUUGGCGGUGGCGGCGAUCGUCACCGUCGCAUUCUUUUUCACUCUCUCGUUUUCCGGCGUAGAAUCUGGCAGCAACUUCACCGGAGAUUCAAGCAUCGGCGGUUUAUGCCCUGACCUCAUCCAACGCUUCGAUUAUCCUUGCUCCGAGCACAAAGUGCAGACAAAGGAUGGUUACGUAUUGGGCCUUCAUCGCGUCUCAUCCGUAGCUGGGAUGUUGAGAGAACAAAGGGGUCCUCCCGUUCUGCUUCUACAUGGACUCUUUAUGGCUGGUGAUGCAUGGUUUUUAGGUUCUAUGAAUCAAUCACUGGGUUACAUCCUUGCUGAUCAUGGUUUCGAUGUCUGGGUUGGAAGUGUGCGCGGUACACGAUGGAGUCAUGGGCAUGUAUCACUAUCAGAGAAAGAUAAGGAAUUUUGGGACUGGAGUUGGGAGGAAUUGGCUCUUUAUGACCUUGCUGCAAUGCUCCGUUAUGUAAAUUUGGUUUCAAACACUGAAGUUUUCAUUGUUGGACAUUCACAGGGGACAAUUAUAUCUCUAGCUGCUUUCACUGAGCCAGACAUCGUAAAAAUGGUUGCGGGUGCUGCCCUUCUAUGCCCCAUAACAUACUUGGAACAUGUCAGCGCUCCAUUGGUUCUUAGACUUGUUAGCAUGCAUCUUGACCAGGUGGUUCUUGCAUUGGGCAUUCAUCAGCUUAAUUUUAAAAGUGAUAUUUUGGCUGAAAUCUUGGAUUCUGUAUGUGAUGGGCAUGUAGACUGCAAAGACUUGUUAACUUCCAUCACAGGGCCAAACUGUUGCCUUAAUAUGUCUCAAGUUGAUUUUUUCCUGGAAUAUGAACCUCAUCCAUCAUCCUCAAAAAAUUUGAAUCAUCUUUUCCAGAUGAUCCGCAAAGGCACUUUUGCAAGGUAUGACUACGGAAGGUCGAAAAACAUUAGGCGAUAUGGCCAGUUUAAACCACCGACUUUUGAUCUUAGCCGAAUACCCAAAUCAUUGCCAAUGUGGAUGGGCUACGGGGCAAAUGAUGACCUGGCAGACUUGAUGGAUUUUCAGCACACGCUGAGGGAAUUGGAGUCCCUGCCGGAGUUGCUUUACCUUGAGAACUACGGUCACGUUGACUUUCUAAUGGGUGUGACAGCAAAUAGAGAUGUUUAUGAUGAUAUGAUCGAGUUUUUCAGGUCAUUGUUGGGAAAAUCUAGUAGUUGACUGCGUCUUUACACAAAAUGGUCAUUUGUGUGUACUUCUAGUGGUUGUGGAGGAAAGCCUAAUACUAGUAAGGUCUUUAAGUGUUGAGCACCAAUGGGUGUAGGUUGCUCUGGAAAAAAGCCAAAGUUACUUGGGCAAAAUGCUCUGUCUUGGUUGUAGCUCCGUAUAUAUUGUUGUAUAUAUUGUUCUAUAGAGAUCCUUUUUCUUC